GCGACUUUUGCCUUUUUAUUUCUCGACUUUUCAUACUGGAUAAUAAUGAUGGACUUGCCUUUAUGUAAGAAGUGCCACACCAGGCAUCUCUUUCCUGCCCAACUGUUCAGCAAAGGACCUGUUGUAACCUUAAGGUAUUACAAACGGAAGCCCGUCUUUCGACCAAGAGCCCAGGAACCGAAUUCUGUUCCGGACAACAGCGAAAGAGUCACUAUCGAGGAAACCCGUGACAAGCUGAUGCGCAUUUUACGCCGCUUCGACAAGGUGGACACCAUAAUCGAGGAGUCCCGCAGGAGGAUUAAUCCCUUUCAACCCGUUGUUGAAGUACCGGUUUCCUACGAGGAUAUCGAGAUCAACAUGCGGGAGGGCAUCGUUGGAUGGUCAGACUACGAAUGCGAGGACAGCGAUGAUUUCCUGGAUCUCUAAAAACGAUGUGGAAGCUCCAAAUCAAGAAAAACUAUAUGUAUUUCGUGCUUAAAGCCCAAAAAACCCCAAAAUGACAGCUUGUUUAAUGAAUAAGUAAAAUGUCUUAAUAUUAAGC